AGAAAAAGAUAUCUACCUUAGGGAAGAGACUCAGAGAGAGGGAGGGAAGAGGGUAGGAGCGUGUGUGCAGGAGACACUUAUUCUCUUAACUACCAGGAGACAGAAACACUUUCCAGGUCAAAGAAGAGGGGGAGCAGGACCAAUAUCAUUACUUAUUUUCCCCAACAAUCACAUCGCCCCGAAGCCCUGUAGCGUAUAAUCCCUGGAAACGCUUCUUCGUUCCCCACUGGAAGUUCCAUGUAUUGAUCCAUCACACUCAUGGAUUUGUAUCUGAUUGGAUAUUUGCUGUGUGUGUGGCUGUCCAGCUCUCGGGUGCUUGGAGGCUAUCCCAUCUGGUGGUCCCUGGCCCUUGGGCAGCAGUACUCAUCUCUGGGUUCACAGCCCAUCCUGUGUGGCUCCAUCCCUGGACUGGUGCCCAAGCAGCUGAGAUUCUGUCGAAACUACAUUGAGAUUAUGCCAAGUGUUGCUGAGGGUGUCAAACUUGGGAUCCAGGAAUGCCAGCACCAGUUCAGGGGCCGGCGAUGGAACUGUACCACAAUCAAGGACAACCUGGCUAUUUUUGGCCCUGUGCUGGAUAAAGCCACCAGAGAGUCGGCAUUUGUCCAUGCAAUAGCUUCGGCUGGCGUGGCCUUCGCAGUGACCAGGUCUUGUGCUGAGGGAACGUCCACCAUGUGUGGCUGCGACUCCCACCACAAGGGCCCACCAGGCGAGGGAUGGAAAUGGGGCGGCUGCAGUGAGGACGCAGAGUUUGGGGUGCUGGUGUCCCGGGAGUUUGCGGAUGCCAGGGAGAACCGCCCGGACGCCCGUUCUGCAAUGAACCGACACAACAACGAAGCAGGACGCACGACCAUUCUGGACCACAUGCACCUCCGCUGCAAAUGUCACGGCCUGUCAGGGAGCUGCGAGGUGAAAACAUGCUGGUGGGCCCAGCCAGACUUUCGCAUACUUGGUGACUACCUGAAGGACAAGUACGACAGCGCGUCUGAAAUGGUGGUGGAGAAGCAUCGUGAGUCCCGUGGCUGGGUGGAGACGCUGCGAGUCAAGUACAACUUCUUCAAGCACCCAACAGAGCGAGACCUCGUCUAUUACGAGGGCUCACCCAACUUUUGUGAGCCCAACCCAGAGACGGGCUCAUUUGGGACCCGCGACCGCGUCUGCAACGUGUCGUCUCACGGCAUCGAGGGCUGCGACCUGCUGUGCUGCGGCCGGGGCCACAAUACUCGGACUGAGAAACGCAAGGAGAAGUGCCACUGCGUCUUUCACUGGUGCUGCUACGUCAGCUGUCAGGAGUGUGUGCGUGUGUACGAUGUCCACACAUGCAAGUGAGCGAAGAGGCGUUCUGAAUUGACUGCUGGACGAGUGCUGCGUCUUCCCUUGCACUGCUCCCCCAAUGUUUGUUUUUGUUUUGUUUUGAGUUUUCUUCCAUCCCACCGUGACUUUGGCACAAACCAGCCUGCCCCCUGAGCAAAUGCCGCAUCCUGGACUCCUGUACAAAAUCUGCCCUUCAGACAGCGACCCUUGUUUUCUUGACCAUCAAUUCUGAUGGGAAAAGAGUUGCAUCCCCUAUCGCAGCACUGGGCCACAACCCUAUACCUCCCCCCUCUUUAUUUAUUUCCCCUUCAUGCCAACAUGAGUGUGGCAUGUACAGUAACACUUUUUUUUUUGCUCAAGUUAAAUGCAGUAAAACGUUGCUUUUCAAUUUUAAAAAGCAUCUUCUAACACCUCACUCGCCCAGCCAGCCAGGCUGUUUUUUUUAUUAUUUUAUUAUAUUUUAAACUAAACCAACCUCUGCCAUGUCAUUUAAAUGACGCUGUCUACAUUGGGAGUCAGAGAAAAACGUCAUUUUUAUAAACUACUGAAUCAAACACUCACAGCUGGCAAGCAUCAGGAGGUGCCAUCGUCUGUCUGUUCGAUACUACUGAGCUUGUUUCGACUGGGAUAGCUGGAUGAUGAAUGCUACAGGCUGAUUUUAUUGCUCUGCAAUCCUGAAAUAUUACCAUUGGGCUGGGACUGGAGGUAUGCAGGAGGAGGCAUGUGUGUGAACAGGCAUGCUCAUUCCACUAACACUCCACAUGUAUAUGUAUGCACUAUUCAGCUAAGUGUCAACUCAACCGCGGUAAACAUUUGUUUAUGCAGAAUGGCCACAACAGGGGUCAUGUUUUUUUCUGCAUUUAUUUCUGCUGCACUGGGCGCAGUCACAAACUACAGGAUCACAGAACUGCCACAAAACAGGGAAACAAAAGCUAAAAAUAGAAGCGUACAGUGUUGUGUAUACCACAGCAAGUUAAACUGAGUUUCGCUCGCAGGGUUAGCAGGUUUCAGCAGCUCCAAAAAUGACUAGAAUUCUGCAAAUGAUCGAAAAUAUGUGGUAUUAGCAACAUGCGUAACAGCAAUUACUUUGGCAGAAGAAUGCAGGAAUCUUCUG